AUGUUAUCCGCACAUUCUUUGGCAGAUAUUACAAUUGCGGCAUCAAGAUUUAAUCCUGCACAAAUAUUAUCACAACUUAUCGCCUCAGCUUUAUACCUUAUCAUUAUGCCUAUUGGGGAUUUUUUGGCUAGACAUUUAAGUCUUUAUGCUGGUUUCAAAUUGAAUAGUGAAAUAUAUUUUAGAUAUUAUUUUUUUGGUGAAUUCAUUGUAAUCUUAUUUGGUGUAAUUAUUGGUGUGGGAUUUUUAAACGAAGGUAGUAGUGGAACUAUUGGUGCCGUAAAAUUAAUUGAACUCGGAUAUUACGUGGCUGGCGUUCUUACCAUUAUAUUUUUGGUUCUGGUAACUAUUCAAACAAUCUUACAUUUAAUAUUAAUUUAUCAAUAUUCGUUUGAUGUUUAUUUAACAUUUCAUGUUGGCUCAAGCGAAUUAGACGCUCAUGAAAACUGA